AAGAUUUGCCGCUGUGGUGGAAUAUUGAAUGAAGAUGAUGAACAUUGUCCUGAUCCAAAAUGUACUGAACAUGAAAAAUUUAAAAAAGAACCAUUGAGAUUUCUUGAAUUGCCAGUUGGUGAACAAAUUAACGAAAUAUUAUCAAGAGAAAAAGAAAUUAAUUUUAUUUAUCAGCAGCCUCUAAGAAAAUCGGUUGAUAAGAAGCAAACAACAAAGGAAGAUGAACAACAACAAUUGAAAACGGGCGAUGUUGACCAAUUCAACCCGCAACGAUGUUUAGCUGCGUCAUUGAACAGGUUUAAUACUGAAGAAAAUCAACAACAAUCAUCAAGAGCAAAUGAAGAAGUGAAAGAUAUUCAAGAUGGAAAAGUUUAUAAACAAAUAGCGAGAAAUGAAACACAGCAAUUUAUCACUUUAUUGAUGAAUGUGGAUGGCAUACAAGUCGGGAAUUCCACAGAUGUUUCUCUAUGGCUAAUUACGAUGGCUAUUAAUGAAAUUAAAAGAAGUGAACGAUUUAAAGUUAAAAAUGUGAUUACCGCUGGUAUCUCCUCUGGA